AUGGUAUCGGACGCUUCAGGUACAGGCGGCAAGGUAUCUGUGUCCGGUGGCAAUGGUGGCAGUACGGGAACUGGUGGCGCUUUGGAGCUGACUAGUGGUGGCGGAGGCAGUACUGGUGGGGCCCUGUCGAUUGCGAGUGGUAAAGCGUCUAGUGGUAUUAGUGGGGCUCUUUUACUGACGACGGGAUCAAUAACAGACGCUACGGUGGCGUCAAGCUCAAGUGGUGCAAUCACGCUGCGUUCUGGCGCUGCAUCUGUGGCAUCGAGCGGGUCAGUUUCUUUGUCGACAGGCACUUCCACUGGGGGCACUGGAGGCGGGAUCUCGAUAUCAGUUGGCAAUGGUACAGUAGGGAAACGGAGGCGACAUUUUUUUAGCUGGGUGGGCACUGCCUCUGACAUCACUGCCGGACUGGGAAUCGGUGGAAGUAUUACAAUGUCGGCUGGUGAUUCGAUUGCGGCAACAGGAGGACUUCUUUCGUUAGUAACUGGAACUGGAACUGCCAAGAGCUCAGGAGGAGUUAGUAUUCUGAGUGCGAACGGAGGUACGGCUGGUGUGAGUGGAAAUGUGAAAUUAGCAUCCGGUACUACUGGAGCUGGUAGCUCUGGUUCCCUCACACUUUCCACAGGUAAUGCUGUCGGUGGCACUGGUGGCGAUAUAUUAGUUCAAGUUGGCUCUGGCUCUGUCGGAGCAGGUGGUUCUCUAACAAUGCAUGCUGGGACUUCCUCUGGUACCGCAGCAGCUGGAGGACAAGUGUCAAUAUCGUCCGGCAGUGGCGGUGGUGGCGGAGGAGCAGUGACGAUUCAAGCUGGCAGAACCAGUACGAGCAGCGGUGCUGGAGCUGGCGGAUCUAUUGCGAUCUCUAGUGGUAGUAGCUCGUCUGCAGCUGCUAGUGGGGAUGUUUUUAUCUCCUCUGCUGCAAAGUCUGUGCCUGGAGCGAGCGGUAAAGUUUCCAUAGAGACAGGGUCAGCAACGUCUGGAAACAGCGGUACUAUCUCGAUUUCUUCGGGUGCAUCUUCAAGCGGUACAGGUGGAGCUAUCUCCAUUUCGGUUGGUGCAGGUGCGACUACGACUGGAGUUGGUGGCGUCUUAAGUUUCUCUGCUGGUCAAAAUAAUGGCGGAAUCGGUGCCGACGCAACUAUGACUGCAGGUGGCGGGGCCAUCGGAGGCAAGAUCACACUCGAUAGUGGCUCUGGAACCACAGGUGACGGUGGUACUAUCGCGAUCACUAGCGGGACAAGCACAAGUAGUUCAAGCGGGUUGAUUCAAAUUGCGUCGGCCAUCGGUGGGUCUGUUGGAAGUGGAGACGCGUCAUUUGGUUCUGGAACAGCAUCUGGUUCAACAGGUGCGUUAACACUAUCCACAGGCACGUCGACGAAUGGGCCUGCGGGUAGUAUGACGUUAACUGUCGGAUCGGGUAAAGCGGCAUCAGGUGGAAGCUGGAUUGCCUCGGCAGGAUCAACUACAGCAGGCGUUGGAGGUAUCGCCACAAUUAAUGGAGGAGUAGGAAGCGCCUCUGGUGGCAAGGUUAGCAUCAACGCUGGCCGCGGUGGCACAGGAAACGGAGGUGAUAUCAGUCUUUCAAGUGGAUUGAGCACUGGCGCAGUAGGAGGUGCAAUAUCGCUAGUGACGGGUACAGGUGCUUCGGGAUCUACAAGUGGUGCAAUCACACUUUUCUCUGGCUCAGGGGAAAAUGCUAAUAGUGGCACUAUCACGUUUAGUACGGGCGCCUCUACUGGUGGUGUUGGAGGUGCAAUUUCUAUGUUGGUUGGAGAUGGCAACACGGGCGACGGUGGAACUGUCACGAUUUCUGCUGGCAAGACAACCUCGUCAAGUAGCAUUGGUGGCUCUGUUGAUUUGCGUGCUGGAGAUUCGACGUCCGGGACGGGUGGCUCAGUCCACACGUACAUCGGUACGGGAUCGGUAGCUGAUGGUGGAUUUUAUGUGAAGAAAGCCUCGAUUGGUGCGCCGGAUCUUCUCAGGGUCACGGGCACGGAGUUGGCCGGGAAGAGCUUGGCGGUCGCGUUUACUUCCACGAGCUCUACGAUUCAGCUCACUUCGGCGUCGCAGGUUAUGAUUACUGGAACAUCGACGACUGUUUCGGGUGGGCCCCUUCAUGUCGACUCGCGCAAUUUCCGCGUGUCCAAGGAUGCAACAACAGACGUUCUGUAUGUUGACACCACUGGAAGCGUCGUGAAUAUCCUUGCAGCGAAUAUCGUUGGGCAGUUACAGAUGAGUGCUGUGCAGGCUUCGAUCCUUCACGCCCAGACUGCAUCCACAGCCGCGCUCACAAUAUCGUCGCCGAACCUGAGAUUCGACGGCGGUGAUGUCAUUUUCGCGGGUAGCGCUGUGACGACUUCGUCCCCAGCUCCAGUCGGAGGUAGUGCUUGCACUGCAGGAACACUGCGGUAUGAUGAAAACACAAUCUACUUCUGUGCAACCGAUCUAAAGUGGAAGAAAGUUGCCUUGACAACGUACCCGUAG